AUGGCUCCUCCCGGGACACCUCUGACCUUGCUUCCUUCCUCCAUAGUACUUGCAAGAUAUCUCCGACCAGCGGAGAAGACAGACGUUGUCCUCAUGGCCAUUGAGGCGAUGAGGAACUCCAGCGUCUUUCAGAGGGAGGCGAUAAAACUCAUGUGGGAUGUGUUCACGCGCGACCCUGCCUGCUGGCUAGUGAAGCCGACUCCCCCUGCCUUCAGGAAGGGGAAUUCCCUCUCCAUCGAGCAGAGUCUGGCUGGCACUUACGAGGUGAAGCUGCCCCGGAUCACCCAGCUUGGAAGCAGGAGUGAAACCUGCCAUGGAAAGUCCUUAGCAGCUGACCGGGAGCAGAGCUUUCUCCAGCCUUUCCCAUCGGAAGUUGUAUUUCAGGACUUCGUUCCCUGUGAGGUCUAUGAAAAGCUGCUGGUUCUGAGGAACAGUGACAAGGUUCCUCAGCUGGUGAAGGUCAUCAUGGAACGCUCACCGUAUUUCAAGUUGGUGAUCCCCAGUGGUGUGUACCGUAAGAUACCACCUGGCCUGACUGCAACUUUCCGCAUCCUUUUCACCCCUGAGGAGAACAAGGAUUAUUUCCACCAGCUCACCUGCAUUGCAGGAAAGGAAAAGCUUAUUGUGCCGAUCCGAGCUAUAGGUGCUCGACCUGUCCUGGACUUCCCUGACCAGCUGCACUUCUCCGUCUGUCCAGUCAACUACAGCACCGAGAAAACACUGCUCAUUCGUAACGUCGGUAAUCGGGAGGCCCACUACCGCAUCAGCACUCAGAGCCCUUUCUCUGUUAGUCCCUCCGCUGGGAACCUUAGGGUUGGUGAAGCCACACAAGUAACGGUGGAGUUUCACCCAGUGAAGACGGGGGAUCAUUCCGGGUCCCUGAUAGUUCACUAUGACACAGGUGAAGAUACCCACACAAGCCUUUAUGGAGCGGCUGUAGAUGUCAACAUCAGGCUGGAGAGGAGGUCCUUGACAAUUGAGAAGACUUACCUCACUCUGGAAAACCGCGGCACUGUGGUCAUCCACAAUCGGAGUGGAAUCACUGCCCACUUCCAGUGGAAGGCUUUUGUUACUCAGGAAGAGGAGGAUAAGCGGAAGCUGAGGCUGUGCCAGAGGCUGCGCAGCAGGGAGGAUGACAUGUUGGAUUGUUUUCUCAAGGAGUGCUUGGAGUUCUCCAGUCUCCGAGAAUGCCGUCCUCUUCUCUCCGACAACGUCCGGAACCAGAGUGCGAAAGGGCAAGGAGACCGCACGCUUUUCUCCAGUGAUAUUUUCACCAUUGAUCCAGUGGAAGGAGAUGUCUUGCCAAAUUCUUCAGUUGUAAUUAAUGUGAUCUUUAAACCCCAAGAAGCCAGAGUCUACAAACAAAUGGUCUACUGUGACAUCUCAGGCCGUGAAACCAGGCUGCCCCUGCGCAUCAAAGGGGAAGGCAUAGGGCCCCAGCUCUGCUCUGACUUGGACCAGCUGGACAUCGGGAAGGUCUCUGUUGAAUCAGCGCAGACUUAUGAGAUGAUCCUGUUUAACAAAGGAGCCAUCGAUGCUUUCUUCAGCCUGGAGCCUCCAACUACAGCUCUGGGCUCCUGCUUCACCUUUCUCCCUCAGGAAGGUCUCAUUUCACCAAACAGGCUCCAAAUCAUCAAGAUCUCCUUCAGUUCCACCAUCCUGGGGGAGUUCACAGAAGAGUUCAGAUUCAAUGUAAAUGGAUCCCCUGAGCCUGUGACUUUGACUAUCAGGGGCUGUGUUACCGGACCACUUGUUCAUUUCGAUGUGCCUUCUCUCUCCUUUGGUGAUGUCUCCUUUGGCUUUCCUAGCACAUUGUCCUGUCGCCUCAUUAACACCUCCUCGGUGCUCAGGACCUUCAACCUUUACAUUCCUGAGGAUGGCUCAGGAGAGCCCAGUGUCACCAUUUCUGAUCUGAUGUUGGACAACACCCUCCCAUCCCGAAGAAGGAGAAGUCGAAGACAGGUCAGGCCGACUGAAUUUACCAUCACUCCUUGCAGAGGGAUCAUCCAGCCCCAGGGAUUCCAGGAUAUCCAGAUCACCCUGUGUUCCAACACUGUGAAGAAAUACCGUCUGGCACUGGUGGUGGACGUGGAGGGUGUUGGCAAGGUGUCUUCAUUGCUCCUCAGAGCCAGAUGUGUCAUUCCUCAGCUGCGAGUGCUCAACCCUGUUGUGACGUUUGAAAAUUGCUUCCUGAAAGUCCCCUGUCAGCAGACGCUGACCAUUGUGAAUGACAGCAAUCUUCCAGGCUGCUAUAGGGUUCUUCCUCAGGAACACAAGGACGCUGCUGCUGUGCAGUACUCCAGCCCUGUGCCGUGUGGGAUUAUCCAGCCUUGCAGCUCAGUGGAGGUCCCCUUUACGCUGGAAGCCCAGGUGACAGGAGAGCAGGACACUGUUGCUUGUGUUGCGGCAUUUGGGAAGGAAGAAUUCCCACUGGAAAUCCAUUUGGUGAGCAUUGCAGAAGGACCAGUUGUCUAUGUCCGGCCAAGUAAAAUAAAUUUCGGCAGUAUCCAAGUGCUACAAGACGCUUCCCGGACUCUCCGCCUCUCCAAUCAAACCAUCAUCCCUGCGUCCUUCACGGCACAGAUGGCUGGCAAACACUCAUGCUGGAGGAUUGAACCCAGUCAAGGAGUGAUUCCCCCCAACACCGAGGUGGCUGUGGCUGUCAUAGCGAACUUGGAUGGCACCGAGAAAUUCAACGAUGAGGUGAAGGUGUUCAUAGAGAACAGCCGGAGCUACGUCAUCCCCGUCCAGGCUGUUGGCGUUGGCACCACCAUUGUUAUCGACAAACCCAUUGCUCCAGAGCUCAACCUGGGGACCCACUUCAGCCUGGCUACCUGCUGUCACCAUUUCAAGGUAACAAACAAAGGACGACGCACCCAGUUGCUUUAUUGGACAAUGGAAGAUUGUUCCACGUUUCGCCAGCGUCAUCAUCUCCCUGCCCUCAGUAGUACCAAGGGCAAAGGUUCCUCCCAGAACCCCAAAUCUGCCUGCCCCGUGUUUAAUCUUCGACCGCUGAGGAUGCAGCUGAUGCCAGAUGAGAGUAUGGAGGUGGUGCUGGAAGCCUUUUCCAGCACUCCACAGGUGGUGAAGAAGCAGCUGCUGUGUCACACUGUCACGGGAAGCAAGGCCGGGAAGGAACUGAUAAUGCAAGCGGAUGUCACAUGCGAGUUCAUUGCUCCUGCUCUGCAAGUGUCUUCCAGGGAGAUCACUUUCUGGCAACCCAACAACGUCCUGAGUCUCCAGUAUAAGCCUCUUUCUUUAAAAAAUGUCUGCCGUCUGCCACUCAGCGUUGUCUUGUCCUUAGAGGAACCCUUCCUAAUCUGCAAUGCGGACCAGCAGCCCCUCCUGGCAGAUGUUCAGCCUGUGAAGUUGGAGGUAGGGGAGGAAUGUCAUCUAUCCAUCAGAUUUAAUCCUGUUUAUGAAGAGAUUUUGAAUAUGGAGACAGUAGAGAAGGCUCUGAAGAUACGAUUUCUUGAGCACCCUCAGGAGACGCUGAUUACUGUUCGGGGAGAAGUCUACUUUCCAUAUCUCUGGACCUAA